ACAAACCUUUAACGUUAAUAUCUGAACACAAAGAUUAGUGAAAACUAACUCAACUUGUCCUUGUGAUAGAUAAACAUAUUGUACACCAGACGGACAGCAGACAUCUGGACACGGACCGUUUAUAACGUCGCUAAAUACAUGCUAACAAAGCUACUUCAGCUAGCCGAGUCGAUGCCUCCUCCAGGGAUUCAGGUUGUCAAGGUAACGGUUCACCUCCUCCAGGGCUUCAGGUUGUCAAGUCACACACAUCCCAGAUAUAACGUUUAAAGUGAGACUAAGGAUGGCUGGAGACGUCGGCUGCAUCCCUGAACUGGACCAGAAGAAGUAUGAUUCAAACGAGCAGGUGAAGAUCAUCUGUCUGGGAGACAGUGCUGUUGGUAAAUCUAAGCUGAUGGAGAGGUUUCUCAUGGACGAAUAUCGUCCCCAGCAGUUGUCAACCUACGCUUUGACUCUCUACAAACACACAGCCACUGUAGGAAACAAGACAGUAGCGGUCGAUUUCUGGGACACCGCUGGUCAGGAGAGGUUUCAGAGCAUGCAUCCCUCAUACUACCACAAAGCACACGCAUGCAUCAUGGUUUUUGAUGUUCAAAGGAAGAUCACGUAUAAGAAUCUGGCCAGCUGGUAUAAGGAGCUGAGAGAGUACAGACCGGAGAUACCCUGUUGUGUGGUGGCCAACAAAAUUGAUGCUGAUUUGAAGGUCACGCAGAGGAGCUUUCACUUUGGGAAGAAGCAAGGACUCCCAUUUUACUUUGUAUCAGCGGCUGACGGGACUAAUGUAGUUAAGAUGUUCAGAGAGAUGAUCAAGAGAGCGGUGGACUACAAGCAAAACCCCAGCGACUUCAUGGAUGAGGUGUUGCAAGAAUUAGAGAACUUCGACCUGGAGAAGAAAGAAGAUAAUUCAGAAGCAGAUGAAGACGGAUUGAAAGCAGAGAGUCCCGAGUUGGACUGACGGAUGUUUACAGAUCCUCCAAACCGUCUUGUCAUCUCAUGGAUAAGUUAUCCUCCUCUGGGGUUGAUGCUCUACAGGGACAUUGUUUGUCUUUAUGUCAUUUUGGUGGUCUGCUUUUAUACCAUUGGAUGGUAAUUCUACCACUGGAGGUUGGCAGACAGUCUUUUAGUUAAGUCACUGCCCUCCUUCUGUCCAGCAACAUUGGCAGGGAAAUAAACCUGGUGGAAUUAUUAGGAA